AUGGCGCAGCCGAAGGGUUUUAAAGCAUUGCCGCAGGUGGCUGCAUUCCAGCAGGCGCUGGCUAAGAAUACAGCAUCUGUACAAACGAUACAAAGCGAUUUUGUACAGGUGAAACACCUAUCCCUGCUCGCAGAUAAGCUCACCUCCAAAGGCAAAUUUUAUUAUAGUAAGGAAGAUAAGGUGCGCAUUGAAUACACCACUCCUUUCCAAUACCUGGUAGUGAUGAAUGGCGGACAGAUUAUGGUGAAGGACGAACAAAAGACCAGCCGUAUCAAUACCCGCAACAGCAAAACCAUGCAGUCGGUAAACCGCGUGAUGAUCGAUUGUAUGCGCGGAACUGUAUUUGCCAAUACUGACUUUAAGGUGACGGCUUAUGAGAACGCAACCACGUAUUUAUUGUCGAUGAUACCCGCGAGUGAUGCCAUGCGCAAAAUGUUUAAGCAGAUUGACGUGUACAUGAACAAAAGCAAUUUUGACGUAGACCGCCUGACCAUGACCGAACAGGGUGGUGACUUUACCGAUAUGGACUUUACCAACACCCGGCAUAAUGUAGCACUUAAUGAGACACUCUUUAAAGUCGGUGAUGCCGUUAUACGAAUCCAGUUGCAUAAUAUAGCCUUUUCCCUUUGUCAUCAACAAGCCUACCGGUACCAUGAUCUUGGUGCCGGUUGCUCCCGUAAAAGUAUGGGUAUAGGUGCCCAGGAUAACCUGGUUGGAGCAGGACGCACAGGAGCGUAUGCUGAACGUAAGGCUGCCGGUACCUGUGGGAUACAAGGCAACGGAGUCCAGGAUCAUAUUGUUGACGACGUCAAAAUUGAUGCCCCAGUUAAGCGAGAAGAAGCUGUAAAGCGCACUGGUGAAUUCCGUCUUCCCUGCAUGCGCCGGCAAUGUAAAAACAUUGGAUGCAUA